GCACGGCUGCAGCCAGAGUAGUGCCGAGGGUCUGGCUGGUGGGAACUGCGGCCAUGGACUAUAUCACUAGACCUAAGGUAGAGAACGUGAAAUUACUGGAUCGUUAUGAGGGCAAGAAACCAAUUAAUGGAAUUCUUUACCUUACUGCAACCCACCUGAUCUAUGUGGAAGAGGGUUCUUGUGCUGCAUUCCGGAAAGAAACCUGGAUUGCACUCCAUCACAUUGCCACUGUGGAGAAGUUACCCAGUACUAGCAUGGGCUGUCCUCUGGUACUUCACUGUAAGAACUUCCGAGUAGCACACUUUGUUUUAGAUUCUGACCCUGUGUGCCAGGAGGUUUAUAUUUCGCUACUCAAGCUUUCUCAACCAGUGUCACCUGAAGAUCUUUAUGCUUUUUCUUAUAAUCCCAAAACCUCAAAAGGGGCAAGGGAAAAUGGAUGGAAACUGAUUGACCCAGUAUCAGACUUUAAGCGAAUGGGAAUACCCAAUAGGUACUGGACCAUAACAGAUGCCAACAAAAACUAUGAGAUAUGUAGUACCUACCCUCCUGAUUUAGUGAUUCCUACAUCUAUUUCUGUGGACACAGUGAUUGCAAGUUCAAGGUUUCGAAGCAGAGAACGUGUUCCUGUGCUCUCCUACUUCUGCAAAGAAAACAAUGCUACCAUUUGCCGCUGUAGCCAACCUCUCUGUGGAUUUUAUGCUCGCUGCAUUGAUGAUGAACUCAUGCUAGAUGCCAUUAGCCGAGCAAAUCCUGGAAGCCAGUUUAUGUAUGUUGUAGACACUAGACCAAAGCUCAAUGCCAUGGCCAACCGAGCAGCUGGGAAGGGAUAUGAAAAUGAACUUAACUAUAUCAACAUUCGCUUCAGGUUCUUGGGCAUUGAGAACAUCCAUGUGAUGCGGACCAGCCUACAGAAACUCUUGGAAGUUUGUGAAUUGAAAAACCCAACAAUGAGUGAAUUUCUUGUUGGCCUGGACAGCUCAGGGUGGUUGAGACACAUUAAAAGUAUUAUGGAAGCUGGAAUUUUCAUUACAAAGGCAGUGGAGGAAGAAAAGGCCAGUGUCUUAGUCCAUUGUUCUGAUGGUUGGGAUCGGACAUCACAAGUUUGCUCGGUGGCAAGCAUCAUCCUAGACCCAUUUUAUAGGACGUUCAAAGGACUCAUGAUCCUAAUAGAAAAGGAAUGGAUAUCUAUGGGCCACAAGUUCUCUGAAAGAUGUGGCCACAUGGAAGGGGACCCUAAAGAAGUGUCCCCUAUCUUCACUCAGUUCCUAGACUGUGUUUGGCAACUAAUGGAACAAUUUCCUUGUGCCUUUGAAUUUAAUGAAAAUUUCUUGCUGGAGAUCCAUGACCAUGUUUUUUCCUGCCAGUUUGGAAAUUUCCUUGGGAACUGCCCAAAGGAUCGCGAAGAUUUAAGAGUCCUUGAUAAAACACAUUCCGUGUGGCCUUUCUUGAUUCAGAAGAAAGCAGACUUCAGGAACCCUCUAUAUAAAGGCAAAACUAUGUAUGGGGUCCUCAAUCCUAGUGUGCUACCCUACAACAUUCAGUUCUGGUGUGGGAUGUAUAACCGCUUUGACAAAGGGCUGCACCCCAAACAGAGUAUAAUAGACAGACUUUUGGAAAUGAAGAAACAACAAACAAUGCUGGAGGCACGGGUGCAUGAAUUAGAAAAGAAACUGAAAACCCAUGGUGAGCUACUAGAAGAUGUCUAUCCCUUCCCUCAUUCAGGAGAUGCAUUAUCCCAGCAUUUGGCCAGUCCUUUGACUAGUUCUUUUGGCUUUAUGGGUAUUGAGGGAGAUGGAAAUACCUUGAUGGAGAAUCGCACCCUGUCCAGGGAAGGAGGCCUUCGUGCUCAGAUGGAUCAAGCAAAAGACCAGUGUGGAGAGCCCCACCCUGACUCUUGUAAGGACAAACUUGGGGCCAUGGAUAUCUCUGGAGAUGUGAACAUUUCUGGAGCCAUGAAUGUUUCUGGAGACACAGACAUUUCUAAGGGCACUGACAUCCAUGGAAUCCUGGAUAUUUCUGAGGACUGGGGCUUCUAUGAAGAUAUAGGUCUCCCAGAAGGCCUAGUCAUCUCUAGGGCCACCAGAAAGGAGACAGGCUAUUCUGAUAAAAAAUGAGCUGUUCACUUGCCUGAUUUUGUGCUAAGAGCACCUGUAGCAGCCAUUCAUGUCCUUGUACCAAACAGGGUUAUGCUGCUUUCACUUGAUUUAAAUGGGUCCGACCAGGACACAUUUCCCCCCUUCAGAGUUUGGAAGGGGAUUUAGAAUGUUUACUGAUUUAAGUGGCCAGUAUUUACCUGUUAAGAAUUCCAGAGUAUAGGCAAGAGAAAGAAUGUGUUUUUCUAAAAUGAGAUUAAACUUCAGAAACAUUGCCUUUCAGCUGAGAUGUUUGUGAGAUUGGUUCUACUAUCUGUUUUCCUUAAAUGAGCAACCUCAACUACUUUACUGCCUGAAAACAAAGUGGAAAUCUUGUUACUGGAAAAUUACAACUUUAUUGAAAGGAUGGAGAUAUGAUAUUGUGAAUUUCACAAUAUUAUAAAAGAAAACAUGUUCAGAUACACUGAGUCAUGGGGUGCUAGCUAAAAUUGGCAGUAUAGGUGCU